AGUUGCCAGUGUUUGAUAGCUAGCUAGCUAGUCAGACAUUUGAGGAGUAUUAUGGGCAGUUAGCUACUAGAUAAUUGAAACAUUUACUGCUUAACUCAGGAAAUAGCUAUGUCUAAACCAAAGUUUGUUGUGUUUGACCUUGGUAAGUUGAAAAGAUAACUACUGUAACAUUAGCUAGCUUUAUCUAGCCAUGUAGCUACCUAACAAUGUUCUAUGAGAAAGAAGACUAACAAAUAGCAUACGUAGCUAAUACUAGAGCAGAACAAGAAGACUGUCACAACUAAAGUAGCUUGUCUAGCUAACUGCCAUGUGUGUCUGUCCGUCUAUUUGUCAUCCUCCAUCUCAUCUCUGUUUUUUGUUUUUUUUCCUUCUCAGAUUAUACUCUUUGGCCCUUCUGGGUAGAUACCCAUGUGGACCCACCAUUUCACAAAAACAAAGCGUGAGUUUAUUGGUUAAAAUCUUGAUGAGUAUCAAGCUAAUGAUGGCUUUAGGCUAUAUCUUUCUCUAAAUCCACUCCCUUCCAACUCUUACACACAUCACAUUUCAGCCAUGUCUAUUCAGAUUUCUAAUAAUCGCUCAUCUGCCUUUCCCUACAGGGGAGUGGUGUUGGAUGCAAGGGGGGAGAAAAUCAAACUGUACCCGGACACAGUGGACAUACUGACUUCUCUACAUGCCCAAGGGAUCCAGAUUGGAGUGGCAUCCCGGUCAGUUCACACAGCGAUCAACAAAUCUUAAAGUCAUGCUAUUUUAUAAUCUGAUUAAAAUUAUGUUUAAACAUCUAUGUAAAACGUGUUUAGACAAUGGUCAUUUCUGUUUUUAGCCUCUAGAUUGGAGAUUGUUUGAAAUAACAUGCCGUUGUAAAUAAUCUAAAUUUUCCUUCUAUUCCUCAGCACAGGGGAGGUGGAUGGAGCCAAUCAGCUGUUGUCCCUCUUCAAUCUCAACCAAUUCAUAUCCUUCAAGGAAAUAUACCCGGGGUCAAAGGUCCCUCACUUCAAAAAGUAAGUGUCUGAAUUUGAAAUAAUUGCUGCGUUCACGUGCUAGUCGGGACUAGGAAACUCUGACUUGCUAACUGGUUGUAGUUAAUCAUGUGCCACGUUCAACGAAUUAGCAAUUCUGACGUUUCUGAGUUUCCUAGUUCCGACUAGCAUGUGAACGCAGCAUUAACGACCACUGCCACUGGUGCUGGACGAUUCUUCUCUGAGGAUGGAAGUUUGUGUUCAUGUCUGGCCGUGAAAGAGUGUUUUAUAGCGGAACUCACUGUCAUUGUGUCUUUGUUCAGGCUCCAGGAAAACAGUGGAUUCAAGUUCAGUGAGAUGAUGUUCUUUGAUGACGAACACAGGAACAUCACAGACGUCAGUCAACUAGGUACUACUUUCAUAACUUUCCACCUCCAUACUGCAUCAAAUCAAACCAAUUUAUAAUUUCAUGAAGUCCACUUUAACUUCGUAAAGUCAUUAAAAGGCUUGCACAAUAGAGUAGGUAAAAGUAUAGAUGAUUUUAAAAUGAUUCCAUAUCAUGAGUUGACCACAAACAUGUCAUGACAUCUGUUUUGAAGUAUAGCAACUUAGCAAGUACUGUAUGUUGCAUAAACUGUUCACACCCAAAGGAGAUGACAACAUGAGUAACUUUACUGUAACUUACCCUGAGCUCUGGUUCCUCUCUCAGGUGUGCACUGUGUUCUGGUCCCUAAAGGAGUGACUAUGAAAUUAGUCAAUGAAGCGCUUCUGCAGUUCUCCCAGGGUGCAAAAUAAGGACUUGAGGACAGUUGAUGCAAUAUGUAUACUUCACCUCUUGGGGCAGUGUUGUACUGCCACAAACCUGAUUUAUACAGAAUUUUUAAACUCCAGGCUUUGAUUUCAAACCUCAUUACCUAACUUCAUUCAAUGUUACUGUAACAUUCUCUGUCUUGAAUUUGACCAAUUCUAUUAUACUUAUUAUUACUGUUAUUACAGAGAAUAUAUAAAAAAUAUUUUUUUAUGAAUA